AUGCUUGUCGGAACUCUUUUUCAGAGCAUUUUCGUUUUGUUGGCCUGUGAAGCUUUGACCGGCCAAGCCUACAAUCCCAGGCCCUACUUGAAAGCAUUGGAAGCUCGCCAGAGCGCCAGUUCAGGAUCUCCCUUGCGUAUUGAUCUUGGCUAUGAGAUAUAUGAAGGCACCUCCAAUAGUACAUCUGGAGUGAAUAUUUGGAGAGGAAUCCGUUUUGCGGCACCCCCAACGGGCUCCAAUCGAUGGCAAGCGCCCCAGCCCCCAGAACAGAAUCGUUCCUCGGCCAUCAAUGCUAGCUCAUUCGCCCCAAUAUGUCCGCAGGGUCCUGAUGCCUCUUACUCUGUCCACUCGGUCAAUCAGACUGGCGCGGACGAGGACUGUCUGUUCUUGAACGUCUAUGCACCUGCGAACGCAUCUUCCCUUCCGGUCCUUGUUUGGAUACACGGAGGAGGCUACGGUGGCGGAAACGGACGACAGGACCUCUCCGCAAUCAUUAACGCCAACAACAACAGUUUUAUUGGAGUUGCUAUCCAAUAUCGGCUCGCUGCACUAGGAUUUCUUUCCUCAGACGAAGUCUUCCGAUAUGGGGUAGUUAAUGCUGGUCUCCUUGAUCAGCAUUUCGCUUUGCAAUGGGUACAAUCGUACAUCAGCCUUUUUGGCGGCAAUGCUUCUCAGGUCACCAUCUCUGGCGAAAGCGCUGGCGGCGGCUCGGUCAUGCUACAGGACAUGGCGUAUGGUGGGAGCUUGGGGACUUCGCUUUUCGUCAACACUAUCGCCGCAUCGCCCUACCUCCCCAUGCAAUACGGCUACAAAGACUGGAUUCCUUCCCAGGCUUACUAUGCCUUUGCAACUGCAGCUGGCUGUCCCCCUGGCCUCCCAUAUGGUGCUCAGCCGCAGACCAUCUUCGAAUGCUUGGUAAGCAAGGAUACAGACACGUUGAUAAAUGCCAGCGCCACAAUGUCACAAUCCGGAAACUAUGGGACGUGGGCAUUCCUGCCGGUCACCGACGGCGUCUUCAUCCAAGAUCUACCCAGCCGGCAGCUCUUGCGCAGAAAGGUGAACGGACUAAACGCGCUGGUUGGCAACAAUGCCAAUGAAGGACCAUCCUUCACUCCGCAGAACGUUACCACAGAGGAAGACCUUGUUGCUUGGUUGCAACUGACAUUUCCUCUUUUUACAAACGAUGACAUCGCGAAAGUCCUACUAUACUAUCCUAGUUCGAACGACUCGACGGAUACAGCCGCGCCUCUAUAUGGGACGUCUGGGGAGUCUGGCGCGUCAGCGCUGAACCAAAGCUCGGUCGGAACGGGACAGCAACAAAGAGCAGAUAACAUCUACGCCGAGACGACCUUCGUGUGCCCUUCUUAUUGGAUGGUGAUGGCCUAUAACGACCUUGGAAGAACAUCCUACAAAUACCAGUUUUCGGUCCCGCCGGCUUUGCAUGGUGCGGAUGUCAGCGGAUACUUCGGUCCAGCCGCCCGAAACAUCGGGCCGGACCUGGCCCUGGCAUUCCGGCAAAUCUGGGGUAAUUUCAUCACGAAGAACAACCCCAGUAUUCCAUCCAACGUCGCCGUCGGAGCUUCCGCCGCGAAUUCGUCAACUUCAACAACGGCAAACCCGGUGACCGACUGGCCCCAAUUUAGCAUGUAUGCGCCAUAUCAGAUCAAUUUGAACCAGACUGGAGGAACACCCUUCUCGGCGAACAUCACGCAAAUCGGUCAUAACAUCACGGAGUUUGGUAGUCCUGGCCUACUCAACGAUAUCGCCCUCGUAGAUGCUUGGACCUGGGAGGCCGGCAGGGGCUACAGGUGCGAGUUCUGGAGGAGUAUGGGAGCUAUUGUGCCCGAGUAA